UAGCAACGUUCAACAACCCCUCAUUGCAAUCUACUAUUCAUAGUCCCCCAAUACUCAAUACCCCAACUCAUACAACUCUCAUUACAAUUCUUCAUACAACUCUCAAUACAACCUCACCCCCUGCCUCUAAACCACAACCUUCACAACCCCGCCCGGUCCUCGCACUCCUACGACGUUAUGGCGACUACAAGCACCCACCUCGUCGUCAGUGUGGCUUUCCAAGACGCCGGAGAUGCUACGAGAGCCAUCGCCAUAGCUGUCGCGCUGCGGGAGAGCUGUCCCCUUGGACACGACCUAAAGAUCACCUUCCUUUCAUGCGGAAGUCGUUUCGAGCACUUGAUCACAAGUGCUGGUUUCGAAAUUGUCGCCUGUCAACCCCGUGUCAAAGGCCGCAGCGUUGCCCACGAUUUGGGAUGGGAUUUUCCAGAAUUCUUUGGCUCGGAGCAAAUUGCCAAAACCUUCAUCGAUGGCCAGCUGGAAGCUUUCCGUUCUCUACGACCAGAUGCUGUGUUCCACGGAAUGUGGGCUCCUGCUAGCAUUGCAGCACGCUUACUUGGCAUACGGACUAUCAACUUCCUUCCUGUGCCGCUACACCCAUCUAGUUUCACCAAUGGCUUAAUCCGGGACCUACCUGACAUGAUGCCGCUAUUCACUCGUCUGCCUCGCCCUAUCCGCCAGAAGCUAGCAUGGUGGGGGAGCGGCCUGAUGAUACUAUUCCACGCCGACUACUCCGACCGACUGCCACGCAAUAUCGCUAUAACGGGCCCACUCUUUGCAAAGAGCGACGCUGAGCUCGAUGCGGAUAUUGUUGCACACAUGCGCAAAGGCCCCGGCCCCGCUAUUCUUGUCACAAUGGGUAGCUCCGGUACCGAAGAAUUCCUUUUCGAGGCCAUUCGCGCUUUCACCAUGUCUCCCAAUGACGACUGGAAUAUUGUUGUCCUUGCAUCGCCAUCAAUUUGCUCACCAGACGAAGCCCGUGCCGUCGCAGGCAAUGAUCCGCGCCUGCUUGUGACGGACCGAUUCAUCCCUGCUCUGAAGGCGACUGCACUGGCAGAUGUUGCUGUCAUCCAUGGUGGUCAGGGCACAGUACAGACUGCAAUGGCGGCAGGUACCCCCAUUGUUGGCGUGGCAUUGCAGAUCGAGCAGCAGACCAAUCUCGACAAUGCAAUGAACGCCGGAGUUGGUAUCCGUGUGCAGCGACAACACUGGAACCCUAAGGCCAUCCGCGAGGCUGUGCAAAAGGUACAGCGGGACGCUAGCUACAGGUCGAAUGCAAGGGCUCUUGCUGAGAAGAUCAACGAUAUGGAUGGGGCGAAAGUUGCAGCAGACUGCAUGUGGAAUUUCCUGCUGAAGGAUGAAGAGAAGGUACCAAUCCUCAGCUACGAGACGAAAUCGUAAUCUCGAGGUCACUCUCAGAGUUUUCUUGGGUCAACGAGCUAGUCAGGCGUACUGCCGCUAGAGGAUGAGGUUGCUCGUAUUCGCGAACAUGAUUUUCUUAUGCGAUAUGGUUGCUGGAGAUCGACAACUUUUGCAGAUUUCAUAUGCAGCUGGUGAUGGGUGUUUGGU